GUUCCAUACAUACCCUGACCGGCCCUUGUGUUUUGAGUCCUACCCAUAGCCCCAUUUGUCUCGUUCCGCGAUGCUGCAUUCAACAGCACCGGCUUCGACAAUACAGUCACCACCACUGUGAUCAUCCUCUCAAUCUGUUUCGUGCACAUCGCCCGCGGAAGCACCCGCCAGACCGGGACCAUGCUGUCCUUGAGAACGAGGGUGCUGCUGAUGUUAUCCGCAGCGGGAACCCAGAAUUCCACCGUCGUCAGAGCAGUUGUGUGGUCGCGGGUUUAUGUAACCAGCCCUGCUCUCCGAUAUCGUUGUAUUCGGUGCUGUGCACGGGAACCCUCAAGCGCAACCGCGUGUGGCCGCAGUGGAUGCUGUGAGCAUGUGUCGGGCCUCGAUGCAGAAACUGGUACGUUAUAUGCGGAAUAUGCCCAUAUUCUACUACCUUUACAUGUGGGAGAUCCCGCCUCAUUUGCCCCACCGCAUUACGCACGGAUGGUCGCCAGCAUGGUGUCGCAGGUAUAUACCCAACUAAGACAUAUGCAGACACAGGUGUUCUGCGGAGAACACGACGUCGGGGCAAUUUUCUCGAGCCUGACGUCGGUGAGUCACCGGAAGCUGCUCAGGGAGAGAGUCAUCCGAGCGCCGCUCCCUCGCUUGUUCCGUGACAGCGAUAUAUCCCAGAAUAACCCGCCGUCCGAUGCUCGAAUGUAUCGCGCAAAGUAGUGUGCAAACCGCAGGCGCGGAAUUUGUUGGAUCUCCGAGCCUCCGUCUGUCAGUGUGUUCAUGGGCGCAGACCUUCGAUAUUCUGCAUACAUCAACUUUUGCCAGUGCGCUCUAAAUCCCAUCCCAGUGCUAUUCAUGGCGGGCCACGCACCCUCUGUCCACGCGUGAGAGUUGUCUGCAUAGGUGUUAUUGGAUGGGUACUGAAGCAGCCCGCUCUCACGAGCAGUGCGGAGCGUGACACCCUGCUACAGACUCUGUCACCAUGGUAUGCGCUCAAGCGUGCC